AUGCUGCCAAGGGAUUGGAUGGCCGCAAUAUCAAAAACACUGCCCCCACCACCUCAUAUCGAGCUGGUGAUGUCCAUGCCUUACCUUCGCACUGCCUUCAAGCGACCUACCGUCAGAGUGAGGCCAACUUCAUCAGAGGUGUACACACGAUGCUCUCGUAACGCCACGGGCGCUUUAGACGGUCGUGGACUGGUAGCGGUAAUCAAGCGUCAAGUGCCUCUGGCUGGUCAACUGAACCACGAGCUAGCUUGGGGACAGGGAUGGGGCUGGGUUACCCUCCCUAAUGGGGUUUGGAGCGGAAGAUUGACCUGGUCACAAGAUGGCGAAGACUUCGCCCUACACGCGAUGCCCAUCAUGCACCAUACGAACGUGUCCCAGGCGUGCUCCAUGCUGGAUGGAGUAACGGCAUACGAAGCAUCGGCCUACGAGCAGGCUUUGGCUGAAUACGACGACACUGCCACGGUUUCAGACGACUGGGACUUUGGCGUCGACUGCGGAGAUUUCAUGAUGUAA